UACAUAUAUCACAGAUGAGAAUGGUAUUGCCUACUUCUCUCUGAAUACAACUGCCUGGAACAACACCAUGGUUUCUAUAAAGGCAACAUACACAAUUGGGAAUAAAACUGAAGAACAGAUUGCUCGGAUGUCAGACUUUGAAGAUUAUAAGUGGCUGAAGCCCUUCUACUCAGAGAGUAACAGUUUCCUUGAGAUUCAGCAUGUUGAAGAGGAGCUGCCCUGUGGAAAGGAUCAGGAAGUAUUGGUAGAUUAUAUCCUUGACCAGAAAGAGCUGGGCCCUGAGGCUGACCAUAUAGAUUUUUAUUACUUGCUUGUAUCAAAAGGAAAGAUUGUUUCCAGUGGACAGAAGCAAGUGCCUGUUGGCCAGGAUGAGACACUCAAAGGCACCUUCUCUCUUAUCCUGACUCCCAGCUCUAAGCUGGCACCCUCUGCCAAGCUUUUGUUGUUUGCAGUUUUCGCUGAUGGUGAAGUGGCAGCUGAUGUUGAUGUGUUCACAAUAAACAUGUGCUUCGAACAUAAGGUGAAGUUGGGGUUCUCAUCAGAGGAAGAGCUUCCAGGGUCAAAGGUCAAUCUGCAGAUAGAAGCUGCCCCUGGUGCAUUCUGCUCUGUCCAGGCUGUGGACAAGAGUGUCCUCUUGAAGAGGAACUUAACUCUGACACCAUUAACAGUAUACACUGCUUCUUUAACCUAUUGGCUUGAUUUAAUAGUAGAAGGAUUUCACUAUCGCAUGGAAGAUUUUGAACCUUAUCCUUGCUUGCCCCCUCCGGAUCUUAAACAAGGGAAAAAUCAGCCUUCCAGGGUAGCUCCCUGGUAUCAAAGAGAAGCUGAUGUUUAUAGCCUGUUCAAGCAAUCAAGAUUGAAAAUUUUAACAAACACAAAAGUGAAAAAGCCUGUUUCCUGUGACCUUCCACCUCCAGACAGAAUUGUUUUCAAAAGUGGCAGGGCAAAAGGUACUUCAGUUGCUGAGCAUCUUGAAAAUAUAUCUCAAGAUAUUGCUGCCACAAAACCAAGACAGGAUACAAAAACCAAACCUAGGACACGCUUUCCAGAAAACUGGAUUUGGGAUUUAGUACCUGUUGACGAGGAAGGGAAAGCAGUUCACUCAGUCACUGUUCCGGACACAAUCACGGAGUGGAACGCAAAUGCAUUCUGUCUGGCAGAUAUAGGCUUUGGCCUGUCUCAAUUAACCACAAUCAGGGUUUUCCAGCCCUUCUUCACUGAUCUGACUCUGCCAUAUUCUGUGAUUCGUGGAGAGACUUUCCAGAUAAAGGUCACAGUCUUUAACUUCCUCAAGGACUGUAUCCAGGUGAGAACAACCCUGCUAGACUCUGAGGAAGUGGAGGUGAAGCCCUGUCCUGACUGCCUGUUCACCACCUGCUUGUGUGCUGAGGAAGCCAAGGUCUUCUCCUGGAAUGUGACAGCUACCCAGCUGGGGCAUGUGAACAUCUCAGUAAGAAGUGAGGCUGAGGAGACCCAAGCAUUGUGUGGCAACAAGAUCUCUGUCACUCCCACGCAUGGCCAGUCAGACACAGUUAUCAAAUCUUUACUUGUCAAGCCAGAAGGUGUCCUUGAAGAAAAAGCCCAGAACACUUUCCUAUGCUCUUCAGGAGAACCAGCAUCCGAAGAAGUUUUCCUAACAAUGCCAGAAGCAGUUGUGCAGGAUUCUGGGCGGGCCACUGUAUCUGUCAUUGGAGACAUUAUGGGAGCUGCGCUAGAAAAUAUAGGCCAACUGCUUCAGAUGCCCUUUGGCUGUGGUGAGCAGAAUAUGGUCAAGUUUGUUCCCAACACCGUUGUACUCCAAUACUUGGAAGAAACCAAUCAGGUGACUCUGGAAUUAAGGAAUCAGGCAAUAGAGCACAUGAAGAGUGGAUAUCAACGGCAGCUGCUUUAUAAACACAAUGAUGGCUCCUAUAGUGCCUUUGGAAAACGUGACGAAGAGGGAAACACUUGGCUGACUGCAUUUGUGGCCAAGGCUUUUGGCCAGGCAAAGCGCUACAUCUAUGUGGAUGAAAGGCAUAUUCAGAAUACUGUGGACUGGUUGAAGAAACACCAACUUCCCAGUGGCUGCUUUGAAAGUGUGGGGAGGCUCUUUAACAAUGCCCUGAAGGGUGGUGUGGAUGAUGAACUCUCUCUGACAGCCUAUGUCACUGCUUCUUUGCUGGAGCUGCACCUAGAGAAGAAUAGGAGCCUGGUAGAUGAUGCCUUACUCUGCCUGAAGAGAAACCUGAACUCUAUAAACAAUACCUACUCCAAAGCUUUGCUGGCUUACGUGUUCACGUUGGCUGGGGACACAGAGACCCGGCAACAGCUCGUCAAAGAAUUAGAAGAGGAAGUUUUCAAAACAGAAGAUGUUCCAAAUAUUGAAACAAUGGCCUAUGUGCUGUUGGCUCACCUUUCUAUGAUGGAAGUAUCCACAGACGAUAUCAACUAUGCCUCUCAGUUGGUAGUCAACCUCAAUAAACAACGGAAUACUUAUGGAGGAUUUAGUUCCACCCAGGAUACUGUGAUUGGCCUGCAGAGCUUAGCCAGAUAUGCAGCCUUGACAUAUGUUGAGAUAGAAAAUCUAAACUUGAUAAUGAAAUCCGGCAAAGGCUUCCAGCAUGAAUUCCAUCUGAACAAGCAAAAUCAGCUGGUGCUCCAGCAGGCCUCUCUUCCAGAGAUCCCUGGUCAAUACAAGAUGGAGCUCUCAGGGCAUGGCUGUGUUUAUGUGCAGACUAAUCUUCGAUAUAACAGGAUGCCUCCAGAGUCUGAUGCUUUUGCUUUGAGAGUGGAAACAUCACCAAACAAAUGCACCCAGAGUUCCAGGAAAUCUUUUGAGAUCCGACUUGAAGUGAGUUACACAGGUCAACGAGAGGCAAGCAAUAUGGUUCUAUUGGAUGUGAAUAUGAUAUCUGGGUAUAUUCCUGUAAAGAAAUCUGUAACAAAGCUGCUAGAGAAACCAUUGGUUAAAAAGGUGGAAUUUGAUCCUGAGAAGAUCAGCAUUUACCUGGAUCAGUUGGAUAAUAAUGUUCAAAAGUAUAGCUUUGUUGUGGAGCAGGAAACAAAUGUGUGGGAUCUGAAGGCAGCCAUAGUGAAAGUUUAUGAUUACUAUUAUCCAGGAGACAAAUUGAUUACUGAAUACAAUGCUCCUUGCAGUGCAGAGACAACAAAAGAAGAUCACAACUAAUGGUCUGUUAAGGGAACACUGGAAGUGCUGGAGUAGAUCUUCCAUCUUUGUAAUUGUUGCUUUUGAAGUAAACAUGUCAGAUCCCUAAAGUGAUACUGCCAUUCAACUGGGGAAAGGGGGGGGGACCCCAAGUAUAUUUCUUUAUUCUUACUUUUGACAACUGUUAGUUUAUAAUCUUUAUCCUGGCACCUAAGUGCCUUGAGAUUUUCUCAUCUUUAGGGGAAUGUAUAAAGGGGGAGGGCCAUGUGGGUUGUUUCACUCUGAAAGCCGGCAGAAGAUGACCCUGAGAAUGCUUGUUUAUCUAGUUCUCAGGAUGGCCGUUACAAUAACAUAUUGUAUUGCAACAUGUAAUAUAACAUAUACUGUGGAUUGGCUGAGUCUACAUUGGGUUGAAGGGAGGGUUCUCUAAUGCCUUAAUUCUAACUGUAUUGCCUAAGGGAAUUCAGAGUCUGCUUUGCUUUUGUUCUGCUAUCACUUUUGCUCAAUAAAAGGUUCCUUUUGAA